CAAGUCUGCGGUUUGAACGAAUGCCAAGGAAGUGUUAAGCUCGCUGCGCCUGUUAUGAUUAAUAUUACUAGAGGAAAAUACCCUUGUCUUAGAAGAGUUGAUCUUCAUACCUGAUGCCUCGCAGAAGAUCUUCGGGCCAUUAUUUAUGAUCCCUACUUGCUCCGAUGAAGCUUCUUCAAAGAGUAUAAUAUCAUCUGUAAAGAAUAAAUGAGAGAUAGGCGGUCCAGUCUUAUGCAACCUGAUAGGCUUCCAAUUUAUCGUGUCUUUCUUUCUUCUACUUCUCCUUUUGUUUUCUCUAAAUAUGGCUUUCAAGUUUUCAUUCUCAGAUAAAUAACUAUCCCUCUCUCCAAAAUGAAGACUCAAAUUUUCAUCCAUGAAGCCAUCAAUUGCUUAUCUAGAUUCAUUGUUAAUUGACGGCUGUGAUGUUUUUUAAAUAAUCACGCGGUGCGCAUCUUCGUGCUGCUUACAUCCUGAGGUGCAAGCUGCAAAAAAGCCCUUCGCUGUUUUCAAUCGUCUUUGUCAGGCGAGAAGAAACCAAAGCAUCUCUUUAUUCUUCUUUUCACUGUUUUCCUUUUGUGCUUCCACACUCUUCCUUUCAUCAAUUCAUGGUCGAUACUGUGGAGGUCGAAGAUAACUUGUAAACUCUUAUUAAUCUCCGUGAUAUGCCUUUUCAGCAUCUCUGACGAGUUGCUACUGUGGGAUCUUGAAUCCAAUGGUUCAGGUGGGAUGUAGGAUGCAGAGCAUUCUAAUGUGUCAAGACACUCACGAUUCAUAACUUUCCUAGGUCAGAUUGUAUUCUGCAAACAGACAUUGGACUAUCCUCCAAAUUCAAUUAGAUUCUGUAAAUCAAGAAUCCAACCAUGCAAACAGCAUCAUAUAGCCAUCCUUUAUUCUAUAUCACUUGCAGAAACUUCUCAAAUGUGAAGACUAGUUCAUUAAGCUUUCAUGCAUCAAAUCACUCUCAACUUUUUCCCGAAUUUGCAUUCAAUAGGAGAACACAGAAUCAUACAUUUCCCACUCCCUUGAAACAGACCAGGCUGUUGGUUCUUCCAAACACAAGCGAUGGCUACCCAUCUGCUUCUGCAACAGAUGAUGAAAUAAACUCAAACCAUGCUCCUAAUGGAAGAUCAGACACAAUUCUCAGCAAUUGGUCUCCUCCAAGGUACUUGUGGAGGGGAUUAUCAGUUCCUAUCAUUGCAGGACAGGUAAUCAUGAAGAUUUUGAAGGGAAAGAUUCAUUGGGUGAAUACUCUUCAACAAUUGGAGAGAGUUGGUCCGAAAUCAGUUGGGGUCUGUCUCUUAACUUCUGCAUUUGUUGGCAUGGCAUUUGCAGUGCAAUUUGUCAGAGAAUUCACUAGGUUAGGAUUAAACAGAUCAGUUGGUGGUGUUUUAGCUCUGGCUUUCUCAAGGGAGCUAAGUCCAGUAAUUACAUCAAUCGUGGUUGCUGGUCGAAUCGGAAGUGCUUUUGCAGCAGAAUUAGGCACUAUGCAGGUUUCUGAACAAACUGACACAUUGAGAGUUCUUGGUUCUGACCCUGUUGAUUACCUGAUAACUCCAAGAGUGGUUGCCACAUGUAUUGCCCUACCUCUUUUGACUCUACUAUGUUUUACACUAGGAUUGGCCUCUAGUUGCGUCCUUGCUGAAGGUGUUUAUGGUGUGAGCAUUAACAUUAUCAUGGAUUCUGCUCGGAAAGCUCUCAGAUCAUGGGAUAUCAUUAGUGCAAUGAUCAAGUCGCAAGUUUUUGGUGCCAUCAUAUCGAUAGUGAGUUGUGCAUGGGGAGUCACCACUCUAGGUGGUGCUAAAGGUGUUGGAGAAUCAACAACAUCAGCUGUGGUUCUCUCUCUUGUGGGCAUAUUUAUUGCUGAUUUUGCUCUUUCUUGUUUCUUCUUCCAAGGAGUAGGAGAUCAGCUAAAGAAUUGCAUAUAAGUUGCUAUUGGUAUGCCUGCAACUUUGCACUUAUUAUCAUUAUUAUUAUUAUUAUUUUUUUGUCUGAUGCAACUUUGCUUAUUUAUACAAAGUGAAUCUUCUGUUCAAUUCGCCUGCUAUAUCAUGCAUUGAUUCUUGUCUUUUAUCAAAACCUUCCUUAGAAAGAUAUAUUGUGGUUUCAUGAAUCAUGUUCUAUUCUGGAAGCAAUUAAGAUAAUUUCUAUU